GGGGCCCGGACGUUGCCGCGGCGCCGUCGCCGUGGUAACCGCGGGGAAGCGCUCGCGCCGUUAAAGCGCAGGGCGCAGGCGCGCGGCCGGGGCAGGCGCCGUGCGGGUUAGAUGGCGCACUACAAGGCCGCGGACUCCAAGCGGGAGCAGUUCCGCCAGUACUUGGAGAAGUCGGGAGUGCUGGACAUGCUCACCAAGGUGUUGGUAGCCUUAUAUGAAGAGCCAGAGAAACCAGAUAGUGCACUGGAUUUUCUGAAGCAUCAUCUGGGAGCUUCAGCUCCUGAGAAUCCGGAAAUAGAGGCACUUCGCUUGGAAGUGGCAGAGAUGAAAGAAAAAUAUGAAGCUGUGCUGGAAGAAAAUCUAAAACUGAAAAACAAGCUGGCUCAGUAUGAACAACCUCAAGAUGAGAAGCAUGGUGAAUAACAGUAGUUUUUCCUUUAUUGCCUUGACUUAAUAAAGGGCUUCCUGAGAAA